AUGUCUACCAUGCUCCACCGCCAGACCUGGGACGACGGCAGUCAGCUGCUGAGGUGGACAGCCAAGGUGACGAGCGAAGGGCUAAUCAGAGGAUCGAGUAGGUUAGGUGAGCGUGGCGGUGAGCCAGAGUGUGACGAUGGUGUAGAGGAAGGGCGCACGGAUGUGCCAGAGGAACUCGGGGAUUGUCUCGUGCGCCAGCCUGUGGAGAGGGUUCAUCUGCUUGAGGACGGUGCGCUUGGUCUGGUGGCCGCUGGUGGAGCCGGCGAGGCUGUGGGCGUCCCUGUGCACGAAGCCGUACCGGAAGAGUGUGGGCGUGGUGGAGUCGCAGUCCACGAUGGAAAGGCAGUGGGCAGUGUGAUUGGAGUCCGGGGCCAUGGGAAGACGCUUGGCUGGGCAGUGGUCGGCGCAGCUGUUGGCGUGGCAGUUGGACGUGGCGUCGGCGCAGGUGCGCUCGCAGUCCUGGAGCAGUUCCCUGAGGAAGUCGUAGAAAGUCUCCGUGAGGUAUACCACCCACGAGAGGUAGAGGUGGGCGUGUGCCUUGGCGAAUGUGGCGCAACUGACGUCCAGCGUCACGCCCCGCUGCCAGAAGCACGCGUCGCCGACGGCGUCCUCGAAGGCCGCCUUACGGUGCUCGCCGUCAUUAUGCCACUCGCAUAUGAAGUUGAAGUAGAAGGCGAACAGGUCGUCUGGCGUCCGGGGCGGGCGAGUGAGGAGGCAAUUCAGGAAGCCGCACAGCCUGUCGAGCCAUCCGCCGUGCCGGGUGUUGUAGAGGCACCGGCGGUAGAGGAGAUACAGCUGUUGGUGGAGGCGUUUGAUGACGUCGAAGAGCAGGCAGAGCAAAGCGUCCGCGUCGCAGGGGUAGAGCAGGCCUCCCGGGGAGAGGCAUUUUUGGAGGUGUGCGUUGUUCUCUGUCUCCUCAAUCUUCUGGCUGACCAGGACAUACACGUCGCGACCGUUGCAGUCGUCGCGCAGCUCGCCGUCCUGCAGAGUUGGAGAGUUGGAGACCUUGUAGCCGGAGCGCUGGAGGAAAGCGCCGAAUUUACUGGUUGCAUUAAUCUUCAAGUCCCUCCACUUGCCGCCUUUGCCGCAGCGCUCCCGCAGCCUGUUGAAGGCGUCGCACAGUGUGGGCAGCGUGGUGAGGAAGACCUUGGCGCACAUGGCGCCGUAGGGCGUCAGCUUUGUAACGUUUCUGACGGUGACGGACUUUGUGCCUUGGGAUCUUACGGUCUCGGUGAGGGUCUCAUUUUCGACCAAGGCAGCGGUGAACGUCUGCCCGGCGUAUCUUGA